AAACCCAUACAUCACGAUGGCCUCUCGGCGCACCUCUGACUUCCCUUCCUAGUUAGGGAUCCGCGUUGCACCAGGUGUUUUGGUCUCUGCGGUGUUGCAGAGGAUUCGGGUCUAACGAUGUGUAGCCGGAAAGAGACAAAGUAAAGAAAGUGGCGGUUGUUGAGGGGAGUACCUCAGAAGACAGGAAAAAAAAAAAACAAAAAAAAACCAGGGUUUGAGAAUGCAGACACUGCUGCUGCCCCCAAUCCGCUCUUACGCCUCCUCAGCAGCAGCAUUGCCCUGUUCCCUCCCUCGCGUCCCACUAUCCCUGAUCCCUCUUCCUCAGCUGGGCCAUCUCUCUCGUCAUCAUCACCAUCCAUUCUCCCUUUUAUCAUAUCCUCCACUCCUCAGGCGUUCCAAUAUCAUCACUGCCUAUGCCUCCUAUUCUCCUACCGUUCCGAGUCCCACUCCAUUCCCUCCCCCCGAAGACAGUGAAGCCGAGAGGGCUAAACUUGCACAGGUCUCCAAGAGACUGGAAAACACUUCCAGAUAUUUCAAAAGGUUGGGGAGUUUGGGAUUUUGGGGUCAGCUAGUGUGCACAUUGGUGUCUGCUGUAAUUUUGUCAUUCUCUGCAAUAGUUACUGGAAAGAUAACAUCACCUGUCACAUUCUAUGCGACUGCUGGUGGUAUUGUGGCAGCAUUUGUGUCGGUUUUUUGGUCCUUUGGCUACAUUCGUUUGUCAGAUAAGCUUCGGAGGACAGCCAGCGAGCCGACAAAGGCUCCUCCUCGUGCUGAAGUGGUAAAGAGCUUAAAAAAUGGUAUAGGGCUAAACAUUCUAGGGAUGGGUGCUGCUAUUAUUGGCAUGCAAGCAACUGUUGGGCUAUUAGUUGCGAAGGCCCUUACUUCUUCAGCAGUUCCAUUCUACCAGGGGAUCUCGCCUGGUUACAAGCCUGUUUUAGCUUUGGAUGUUUUCUUAGUGCAGGCAUCAGCCAAUACCAUCCUUUCCCAUUUCUUGGGGCUUCUGUUCUCGUUGGAACUGCUGCGAUCAGUGACAUUACCGCCUUCAGAAGGUGUUCCAAUUCCCAAAGCUGUAUAGGAUUUUCAUUCUGAUAAUGAAACAAAUUGAUGUUGGUUCUCCAGAAUUGUGUGUUUUUGUGCUGCCUGCUGUUUUUUUUUUUUUUUUUUUGAAGCAAGGAAUGUUAAAAAUUUUUGAAUGAGGUUAAUGUACAAGAGAUUUAUUCUAAAUUCAAGUGUGCUGCCUUUGUAUGA